GCGACCCCCGCAGCAGCUCCGAACCUUCUCCCAGCCAUCCAGCCCAGGAAGCUCACCGGGAAGCCGGUGCAAAACCCCCCCAAGAUCACAUCCCCGCCAUCCCCCCGCUACAAAUCCCCCGGUCGACGUCCCCCACUCCCCCAUGCGCACCGGCAGCUCACCGAUCCCCGGAGCCGCUACUACUAUAAAUACAAAGCUUCCCCGGCGGUGGUCUAGCCGGCCAUGGCGGCAGUCGGAGCGCGCCCAGUGCUGUACCACCACCCGGCGCCGGCGGGCGACGCCGCCUCCAUGUCCUCCUACUUCUCCCAGGGAGGCAGCUCCACCACCUCCAGCUCCGCGUCCGCCAGCUUCUCCGCCGCGCUCGCGCCGACGACGACCACGCUCGCCGAGCAGUUCGACAUCUCCGAGUUCCUCUUCGACGACGCGGGAGUCGCCGGCGCGCCAGGCGUGUUCGCCGAUGGCUCGGCCCCCGUCGUCGUGUCGGAUGCCGCCGCCGCUGCUGGUGGUGGUGCAAUCAGCGCAGCCGCUGGGAGCGCGGCUGCGGCGGCGGAGGCCGUGCCGGAGCGGCCGCGGACGGAGCGGAUCGCGUUCCGGACGAGGUCGGAGAUCGAGAUCCUGGACGACGGCUACAAGUGGAGGAAGUACGGCAAGAAGUCCGUCAAGAACAGUCCCAACCCAAGGAACUACUACCGGUGCUCGACGGAAGGGUGCAACGUGAAGAAGCGGGUGGAGCGGGACAGGGACGACCCCAGCUACGUGGUGACGACAUACGAGGGGACGCACAACCACGUCAGCCCCAGCACGGUGUACUACGCCAGCCAGGACGCCGCCUCCGGCCGCUUCUUCGUCGCCGGCACGCAGCCGCCGGGCUCCCUCAACUAAUCCCGAUGGCCCACCAGCGUCGCGACGUUCCGCUCCGGUCCACCGCACAGUGUUUCGAUUCCCAGAUGGCAGCUAGCUGAGCUAGCUACACUACUACUAGUAGGAUAGGCCGAUACCCGAUAGGUGAUCAGCUGGGUUUCCCGAGGUGGAUUUCUCGUUUGGGUUUCUAGCACAGCUCCUCUCUCUUUUCCCCUCCGGUCCUUUUCGUGUUCCGAUCGUGGAAAGGGCCCGGCGGCUGGCUGUUGCGACUUGCGAUCGAAUAGUAUGUAGUGGUGCUGCUGCUGUUCAUGCUGGGGUCAAGAGGUUUAAUUUCCCCAUUGCCUUGAGCUCAGCUAAAUUAGUCCGGGAAAUGUAGCAGAUACUGCAUUGACCGUGCAAUAAGAUGUACAGAAUCUGAUACUUAUAUUAGAAUACAUCUUUUGUUUGCAGCGCAA